AUGAUGUCAUCAGCGCCAAAUAAAAUUUCUAUUAACGAGAACAAUGAUGGUAACAUCAACAACAACGACAACAUCAACAGCAUCAACAACAACAACAUUAUCAACAACAACAACAUCAUCAACAGCAACAACAACAACGUCCUCGACAACAAAAUGACAACUUCAACGAUAACAAAUGACGUCAUGAACGUUUCAGAGAGCGCUCGUGAAGCUGCAUUGAAAACUUCAGAGGCUUCAACAAAUGUUGACGCAACAAAAUUAACGGCUGUUGAACAGAACAAUUCAGCAACAGCAACAACAUCAACAAGCGUAAUAACAACAGCAGCAGCAGCAGAAACAACAACAACGUUCAUUCCUUCCCAUCUAGCUUCUGCUACAUCAUUCUCGUCCUUAGCUUCAUCUAAUACUAACGUUAUUACUACCGGUAGUAGUACCACUCAUAUUAAAGCUGUAGUUACUGCAACAGCCACUACUUCAAACUGUAGCAUGGAGGGUAGUGUUCAUUCCAUCGCCAGUAAUAACGCGGCCACAACAGCUGCCACAACAGCUACUACAAUUAUUUCUAAUAAUCCUGCUACUAACGCUAGCAUUGCUGCUGCUACUACUAACGCAAAUAUUAAUAUUACUGCGGCGUCAACUGCGUCCGUUUCGACAGCGGCGACAACAACAAAUAUGAUGUCAACAACAUCAACGGCUUCAACAACAUUGAAUAAUAUCACAUCAACAACAUCGACGCCACCACUUAUUAGCAACAACAACAACAACAAAAGUGAUGUUGACAACAAAGCGAAGAUGGCAGCUCCACAACCGGAAGAGGAAGUCGUUGACAUUGAUUUGGAAGAUCCUGAAGUGAAGAAAGCUGCAAACCUCAUACAAGCUGGCUUCAAAGGGAGAAUGCUGAAGAAGAAAGCGGCCGCAAGCAAGAACUCACUGGUCAAAGUAGAUGUUGACGUCAAUCCUAAUCCAAUUCAACAAAAAAUACCAGAACAACAAAAAAUACCGGACCAAAACAUAUCAGAACAACCAAAAAUACUGGAACAGCAAAUAUCUUCUGAACAACCUGAGACGCUGUUGAUUUGCAGUCAUGUUUGCAAAAUAGCUGGCAUGAACCCUACCUCAAGAUCUCGGUUGAAGAGGUUUGGCCAAAAUAGUUCGGCGCUGAACAAAGCCAGAGUUUUGGCAGUUAAAAGCGAGCUUGGGUCAGCGUGGUUGAGGACGGUGCCAAACACCUCUUGUGGCACAAGGCUAGAUGAUUCAGUCAUCCGAGUGAGUUUGGGGUUGAGAUUGGGUUUGCCAGUUGUUACCGAGUAUGUUUGUCACUGCGGAGCAAAGUUUGAUCCACCAUUGGGCUAUUAUGCCGUCUUAGCUCUGGACGCCGGGCAAGACAUUCAGCGAUGA